AAUUACUAUAGUAGAAUGGUCCACUCCAUUCGUUGCUGAGUGGAAAAAAAACUAAAUCAAAGGGGAAGGAUUUUGAAUCCAUUGCGUUUAAAUAUCUGUUGGGUUUGAUUAUUUUUUUUCAGCUGACAGGAGGGGGCUCCGUAGACAUCACUUCCAUUGUGGCUUAAAAUCAACAACUUCCGUUGUAGCUUUUGAACUUCUGAUGAACCGUUUCCGGCCACUGUAAAAAUGUACCUGGACAACAAACAAACAUGGCGCUACAUGUUCACAGAGGAUUCCUGUGUGUUGUUCUGUGUGUUUCCAGUCUGUCAGGCUGUCUGAUCUCAGAGGAAGGCUGUUCUUCUCUGGUCUCAGCUCUGAGAUCCAACUCCUCCCAUCUGAGAGAGCUGGACCUGAGCUACAAUCAUCCAGGAGACUCAGGAGUGAAGCUACUGUCAGCGGGACUGAAGAAUCCACUCUGGAGACUGGACACUCUCAGGGUGGAGCCUGCUGGAGUCAGAUGGUUGACACCAGGUCUGAGGAAGUAUUCCUGUGAACUCACACUGGACACAAACACAGUGAACAGGAAACCUCAAACUGUCUGACAACAACAGGAAAGUGACACAUGUGAGAGAAGAGAAUCAGCCAUAUCCUGAUCAUCAAGAAAGGUUUGACUCCUGGCCUCAGCUGCUGUGUAGAGAUGUUCUGACUGGUCGCUGUUACUGGGAGGUUGAGACGAGAGGAGAGGUUCAUGUAGCAGUGAGUUACAGAGGAAUCAGGAGAGGAGGAGACAAUAAUGACUGUUUGUUUGGAAUGAACGAUCAGUCUUGGAGUCUGGAGUGCUUUAAAGAUGGGUAGUACUCCGUCUGUCACAAUAAGACAGUAACAUCCACCUCCUUCUCCUCUGUUCUCUGGUAGAGUAGCAGUGUAGUUGUUGACGUUCCUGCUGGCUCUCUGUCCUUCUACACAGUCUCCUCUGACUCACUGAUCCUCCUCCACACCUUCAACACCACCAUUCACUUCAGCCUCUUUAUCCUGGGUUUGGACUUGAGUCCGGUCUGGUUCCUCAGUGUCUCUGUGUUCUUUGGAAGGAGAGUCUCCUCCUGUCAGAUAAAACUUCUCACUGCUGCGUCCAACAAUGUCAGAGAAACCGCCAAAAAUGUUGAAAAAAAGCGACAAAAAACAGCGAAAGGUAAAAAAA